AUGUCAGACCCCAAAAACACCUCCUCCAUCGCCAUCCUCGGCGCCGGCGAUGUAGGCGCCACAAUCGCAUACAGCCUCAUCAUGAACCCCGUCGCCGGUGACAUCUUACUCGUCGACCCCAAAGAAGAAGUCAGAGACGCUCAAGUCGCCGACCUGUCUGAUGCCACCUUCCACGGCAACACCAGCACCCGCAUAAGAGCAGGCACACACAAAGAGGCGGGACAAUGCGAUAUCGUCGUGAUCGCCGCUGGUGCAAAGCAGAAGAAGGGCGAGAGCAGGACUGAUCUAAUCGGCCGCAACAAGUCCAUUCUUGAAUCCGCAAUCUCAGACAUGAAGCCGUUCCGCGAGGACACUGUACUUCUGCUAGUUGCAAACCCAGUCGACGUUCUCACCUACUUUGCGCAACAAUACUCCGGUCUACCCAAAUCGCAAGUUAUCGGCAGCGGCACUUUCCUGGACUCUGCGCGCCUUCGCGGUAUCCUCGCGUCCAAGGCGGAAGUCGCAGCCUCCAGCAUCGAAGCGUACGUCUUGGGGGAGCAUGGUGAGAGUCAGUUCGUCGCCUGGAGUCUUGCUUCCAUCGGCGGCGUUCCGUUGUCUGCUGCGUUAUCGUCAAAGCAAUCGAGCGCGUUGGAUAAAGACGCCAUCGCCGAAGAAACGAAGAACAAAGCCACUUCCAUCAUCGAGAACAAGGGCGCCACGAACUACGGUAUUGGCGGCGUUGCAGCAUCGAUAUGUAAAUCCAUCAUCUUUGAUGAGAAGAUCGUGCGGCCAGUUAGUACGUAUCAGGAGGAUCUGGGUGUGUGCUUGAGUAUGCCGGUUGUGCUGGGCAGGAAGGGCGUGGUGAGGGCGGUGCAGAUGCCAUUGGAUAAGGAAGAGAGGGAGAAGUUGGAGGGGAGUGCGAAGGCACUGAAGGAAGUCAUCGAGGCGUGA